UUAGUGACGUCAUGUGAAAACCAGCUAUACAAUGUGCGUCCUUCAGGGGUGGACACGAAUGCAAUUCAGGCAUUGCACACAGUGUUGCACCGUAUUCUUGAUCUUGAGCCCUUAAAUAAUCACGAACUGCACGGUAAAUGAUUUUCAAAGCACUUUUGCUGGGAAGCCAUAUAACAGUAACUCUCUGAUAACAGCUAUCAACUUGCUAGAACGAGAUCCGCACCUUCAAAUCAACUACCGAUGACACCCUCAAUUACGUAGUCACAAAAAUUGCCAGGAGAUUUAAAGUACAAACUAUGCGAUGCAACCUCGUCGAAAAACCUUAUUCGCCCUUGACUGUUUUCGGUUUAUUAUUACAAGUUCUUGUAAUGCGUGUUUUCCUACCCUAGAAGACCAUUACUUCUAGAUUUCCUUAUGCUUGAAAAAAAUUUUGUACAUCAGAAAACAGUGUAUGACUCUACGUGUCGCUACGUAACUUUAUUCAGUUAGAGUAGUAUGGUACUUCCUCAAAUCCAGUUUAAAUCCGUCUUUUCCUCUAGCUUCCUCUGCUAUCCUUAUUUUUCUAAGGAUUGUAUUUACAUGUUCCGGCAAAAGAAUUAACAAGAGAUCAACAGCAUGUUUGCUCAAUCGGUCGUUUACAAGCUCGUGGGUAAAGCUCGAAACACAGUUUUGGAAUCAGGUUCGAAUGGUAGGUAAUGGUUCCAAUCGUUCCAUUGCAGUACACUUCAAGGCCUGAAGAUUGUGAAACAAUAUUAAACCCUGAGAUGUUUCGGAGAGCCGUUGAUAUUAUAAACCUAAGAAGCUCGACCCUUGUGGAAUUCCUGAGACAGCGCGAGUAAUGCGAUUAGAUUUUAAAGAAUUUGUUGACCGACGUAAUUCGAAGUUGUCAUUGCCGAGUUGUAUUUCUCCAGUACGUGCUUGAUUAAACACCCUGUAGCAAUAUCACGUCAUAUAGGUUAAAUUUACAUCGUUUAUGCAUAUUUCUGCCUGUCAAUAUCAGGUCGUUUUAACUUUAACUCGUAUUGAAUCAUCCAGAGCUGUGUUCAGUAACACUUUGACGAGAAGUUCCUCCAGAAACAUCCUUCGUUGCUUGAACUGUAAUGUAUAUGUAAACUUUCAGCGCUGAAAUUCUUAAGAUGUUUUGGUGAGCCAUAGAAAAACAUUUCAUGGAUUGAGGUCGUGCGAAGGCUAAACUGGACGAUUUUACGGAACGUGAGUUCUCUGCCUGCCAUGUCAGAAACGUGGAAAGCCCAGCGAUCUUCUCUUAAAAUUUCAUUGACAACCGACGAUGGUGAAGAGGUGACAGAAGGAGAAAGCUUUCCAAGGAAACGUGAGCGAACAAAGUUUUCAUCUCAAGGAGAAGACUCUGUUGAGCGAUCCGAUGGAGACAGGCUCACCCUUCCAGUUCCCACACAGCGACGAGAGUCAUUCCUUUACAAAUCAGACAGUGAAUUUGAAUUGGCAUCCAAAUGUGUCACGUCAAGGCAUCAUUCUUUCAGUGAGGGAACCCGAGUAGAAGAGUUAGUCACUCCUUUUGCUCAGAUUCUCUCAAGUUUGAGAAAUGUUAGAAACAAUUUUAUGUCACUGACCAAUGCUAAAAAAGAAAAAAGGAGAGGAUCUGUAGGGUCGCACAUUCUACGAAACAACAAUUUAGCACAAGAUACGCUAAAUGGUUCUGGAAUGUCAUCAGGUUCUCUUCAUUUACCAAGAGAUGAGGGCUAUCAAAAGUUGGCUAACAAUACCCUUGAUGAGCUGGACUGGGUAUUGUAUCAACUGGAGACACUACAGACGCAUACAUCUGUCAGUGAAAUGGCAUCCAAUAAAUUUAAGAGAUUAUUAAAUAGAGAACUUAAAGACUUUUCUGAGAGCAAUCAGUCUGGAAAUCAAGUGUCUGCCUGGGUAUAUAACACUUUCACAGACAAACAGCUGGAGGUUGACACAGUCGCUGGUACUAAAUCAAAAAGAGAGGGAAUUCGGGCAAGAUCACGGUCCAUGGUAAAUGGUGUUCGAAAACUAACUAGGCUACACAGCUUUAGUGGGUCUGUACCAAGAUUUGGGGUUGAAGUAUCUAAUGAAGCCGAAUUAGCGAAAGUUCUAGAAGAAAUCAACAAAUGGACAUUUGAUGUGUUUAAAUUACAUGACUUGACACAAGGGCAUCCCUUGCUUGCAGUCACGUACACAAUCCUGCAGGCCAGAGAUUUAUUAAAAAUAUUCAAGAUAAAACCCACUACGUUUAUAAACUAUAUGUCAUCAGUCGAGAAUCAUUAUUUAAAAGAUGUCCCUUUCCACAACUGUACACAUGCAGCUGACGUGACGCAAACAUCUCACACGCUUCUUUCAGCGCAAGCUUUUGAAUCUGUCUUUACCGAUCUUGAAGUCCUCGCCGCCAUCUUGGCUAGUGCUGUCCAUGAUGUUGAUCACCCUGGAGUCAAUAAUCACUUCUUAGUGGCAACAAAUUCUGAAAUGGCGCUGAUGUACAAUGACGAAUCCGUUCUUGAAAACCACCACUUGGCCGUGGCAUUUCAGCUUUUACAGCACGAAGAUUGUGACAUACUUGAAAACCUUACGAGAAAAGAAAGGCAGACAGUGAGGAGAACGAUUAUUGAAAUGGUACUCGCAACUGAUAACGCAAAGCAUAUGAGUCUUCUGGCGUCUCUCAAGACCAUGGUUGAAAGUAAGAAAGUAGCCGGCAGCGGAGUACUGUGUUUAGACAAUGGUACCGAUAGAAUGCAGGUUCUUAAGUGUCUGGUGCACUGCGCUGAUCUUAGUAAUCCCGCCAAGCCUCUCCCGAUGUACAGAAAGUGGGUGGACAGGUUAAUGGAGGAAUUCUUUAGACAGGGUGACAGAGAGCGUGACAUCGAGGGCAUGGAAAUCAGUCCCAUGAUGGACAGACAUAAUGCCUCUAUAGAGAAGUCACAGGUGGUGUUCAUCGACUUCGUUAUUCAGCCGCUCUGGGAGACCUGGGGCGACUUGGUUCAUCCAGACGCCACGGAGAUCCUGGAGCGGAUCGAGGACAAUAGGUAUUGGUACAACGCGCAGGUCCCGAAACACGAACAGGAAAGAAAGCCUGGGGAACACAGCUCCUCAGGCAGAGAAAAGCGAGUCAGCUGGCAGGGUACAAGGAAAGAAGCUAUUGAUCAGUCGGAACCUGAAACGUCAGAUGAUGACUGUGAGCGGAGAUUGCAAAGACUGAGAGAAGUGGCCGCUAUUAAGUCGGGCGAUCUUGCCAAGUACGCGAGCAGUAGUCGCAGCUGCGAAGCGGACGACGAGUUUGAUGACGAUGAGGAAAAAGGCGGAGAGGAAGAAACGGACCCUACAGCUCAAGAAGUCAAUGAAGAUGAUGAAAACGAAGACACGGAAGAUGCUAAUAAAGAUUAGAGUCAUCUAAUGCAAGAAAAACAAGUGCUAGCGGGAAUUUCAUCUGAAGCGAUUGAAUUUCUUACAGAUUUUCGGUGUGGAAUUUGUUCCAAGAAGUUUGAAGUCCUCCAGUUGCUUAUCAGAAGACCUAGAGAAAUGAAAAGCAAUGGCAAGUGGGACUGUAGACUCCAAGCUUUUGCCAGGCGAUUCCGAGUUGCAUAGUAAUGGCCUUAAAUAGACGCGCUCUUGUUAUUCACGUGGUGAACACUGUUUGGACGUUCUUCGGUGUCGUCUGAUCUCUGUGUAAAAGGAAACAGUCAUUUGCUGCGAGCGAGGUUUACCAAGAGCUUUAACAAGAAUUUUCGCUGUGGUACAUUCGAACGCAAUUGUAGAAGAACGUUUUUAAUUUUUGUCUUUAAGUAAAAUUGCGUCUUGAUUUCUGUUUUCGGCUUCGCUGCACAGCCGGGUUGGACUUGCGAUACAAGACUUCAAUCGACUGGGAAGGAUUAAGUUAUUUGCUUAUAGAAGGAGAGUUUGGUGGCUGGCAUGUUGGUUGCUGUAAAAAAUGUCAUCUGUGAAAAUGAAUCAAAGCGAUUUGCCUUUCGUCUUAGAAAGGGUAUUUUUUUCCACUGAUGUCUUCUUUUCAAUCCUCAUUUUACAGAAAUGAAUGCGAAGGAGAGAAGUCAUGCAAUCCAUAGUGCUAUCAACAGAGGACUUCAACUCGGAACCUCGAUUCUGCUUUGAUAAAUAGUUGUAAUGUGUAUUUCAGUUUGCGGUGUCUUUGGUAAACCACUGUAAUUUUAUUUCUGCCCGUCUCUGAAGUGAACAUCUUGGAACUCAUCGUACUGUGAAAUACUGGCAUAAGCCUGUGAAAGGAUUUGGUAAAAAAAAAAAAACCAAGAGCCAACAACCACAAGAGAUGUGCAAGUUCUUUUCUCCAGAUAAUUUCCUUGCUCUUGAAGAAGUUGAAACCCUUGUGCAUAAACGCGAGUUCUAAACAGCGAGAUCAUGUUCAACUCAAGUGCAGCCCAGACUCCUGUGCUCGAAAGCCUGGAAACGCUCGGUUUGAAUUUUAACUUAAUAUUGUAUUUAUUUUACUUGUACAGAAACAAAUGUUAAUAUCGGUUUUGUAUUUAAUCGUAUCACGGACCUUGAACAGGACUGUAAGCCCCAGGGAACUGAAUCGCGGGGAAAAUACCGAUCUAAAAUUGUAUUAUAGUGCUGUACAAAUUGUGAAUAGGUAUUCUGUGCGCCGAAUUGCAAGCCUGAAAAGAAACCCAAUAGAUUAUUAUUAUUAUUACUAUUAUUAUUAUUAUUAUUAUUAUUAUUAUUAUUGUUAUUGUGUACAAGUGUACAAUGUCUUUCGAACGUCGAUUACAUUAAUUAUGGUGGAGAUUUAUCGGAGAAAUUAAAUAGAAUUAUGCAAUGCAAGUCUCAGUUCAUAAUAAAAGAUACAUUAAUACUG